GCGUCGAGCAGGUGUCCUCCGCGCGGUCCCAAUACGAGUGCUUACGUCCUGCUCAGUUCUCCCGGCCUCGCUGCUCAGUGCUCGUCGCUCCCGCUUAUAGUGCUAACUCCUGUCCUCUCUUCGUGCUUCGGGGGCCAGCGCACGCUUCCUUGUACUUGACUGCCAUCGGUCUGCACCAUGACCUUCCCCGCGAACGUCGACGCCGACCCGGACCCAACCUCCCAGAUUACAUGGCCCGCGCGCCAGGGCGAGCACAGUCGGAGAGGCUCCAAGCACAACCUCGACGCCCCCAGGAGCGGCAGCCGGCUGUCUGUCAGUAGGAGUAGGGCGAAUGGCAACGGGCUCGCGAAGCCCCCUGCGGCGGAGGCGGAGGGGAGCGGCAAGAAGAGGAUGUCGUCGUUGGACUUGUUCAACCUGAGCAUCGCCAUGGGCGGAUCCCAGGUGGCGUGGACGGUCGAGCUGGGAUACGGGACGCCGUUCUUGCUGGAGCUCGGGCUGUCGGAGCAGCUGACGAGCCUUGUGUGGCUCGCGGGGCCCAUCAGCGGCCUGAUCGCCCAACCCGUCAUUGGUGCCAUCUCAGACGCGUCGACCUCGAAAUACAGGCGUCGAUAUUGGAUCGUCCUCUCUACUGCCGUCUUGGUCUUUUCAACCCUGACCAUCGCCUACUGCCGCGAGAUCGCCUCGUUCUUCGUUGACAUGCUAGGCCACUAUGCCGGAAGCUGGGACCCGAAGUAUGGCAAGACGGUACAAGACACAGCAAUUGGCUUUGCUAUUGUGUCAUUCUACUUGCUCGACUUUGCGUUGAACGCUCUCCAAGCCUCCCUUCGGAACCUGCUCCUGGAUGUGACGCCCCCGGAACAGCUCAAUGCUGCCAAUGCGUGGCAUAGUAGGAUGCUUAACGCUGGAAACAUCGUCGGAUACGGCUUCGGAUUCCUGCCUCUGGCGAAUAUGCCCGUACUCCGUCUGCUUGGGGGAUCGCAGUUCCGCAAGUUCUGCGUCGUCUGCAUGAUUAUUCUGACGGCUACUGUCUGGAUCACGUGUUGGACGCAAGAGGAGAAGGAGCGCGAACAACGUCGCGUGGAGAAGAGUCGCAUACGCGAAAUCAUCACAGGCAUAUGGACGACUAUUUGGAGUCUCCCGAAGCCUAUCCGUAGAGUUUGCUACGUACAGCUCUUCGCGUUCAUGGGUUGGUUCCCCUUCCUAUUUUACUCGACAACAUAUAUUGGACAGGUGAUGGCGUACGAGCUUGGUAAAGAGCCAGAUCACGACCUCGCUACGCGAACUGGCGCAUUCGCGAUGCUCAUCUACAGUCUAGUGGCUGUCGCCGCGGGUACGCUCCUUCCCUACCUGACACGGCGGGACGCCGUCCUUCUCGCACACGAAGGAGACGAAGACGAAGACGCAGAGCUCACCCGCCUCCGCGAGCAAGUCCGCGAAUGGCGCGCCGAGGCCGCUCGGCGCGGCCAGCCCCUCCGCCUGCCGCUCAUGCCCUUCUUCCUCCGGAACAUCUGGACGGGCGCGCUCCUGCUCUUCACCGGCCUCACCCUCGCCACAUUCUUCGUGUCCAAGAUCUGGCAGGCGAUCGUCGUCGUCUCGCUCGUCGGCAUCUGCUGGGCCGUCGCGUGCUGGGCGCCCUUCGCGAUCAUCAUGGAGUUCCUCAAGGAGCGCGAGCGCGAGGCCGAGGAGGACGGGGAGGCCGUUGCGCGCGCGUGGGCGCGGAGGCCGUCGCACAGCCGGACGCUCUCCACCCCCGCGAUCCGGCGGAACAGCAGGCAGAAUGCGGACGGGGAGAGGACGCCGUUGUUGAGGCGGAGGUCUUUUGAUCAGCGGGACGCGGAUGCGGGGCUGCCCGAGAGCGAGUCGGCCGCGGGGGGAACGAUUCUUGGGAUCCAUAACCUUGCCAUCGUCAUGCCCCAGUUCAUCGUCGCGAUCGCGUCAAGCGUGAUCUUCGGAAUCGUGGACGGGGACGCCAACGGCGGCCCAGAGGGCGACAGCGCUCUCUAUGGCAAGAACGGCGUCGCGUGGGUUCUUCGGUUCGGUGGCGUUUGCACACUGCUUGGGGCUGUCCUAGCUCGUGGGGUGCCACCGACCCGUACGGAGAAACAAAUGCGGAGGCGGCUUGCAGAGCUCAAGGUCCUCCAAGAGGAAGGCACCCCAUGACCUCAUCACCUUCGCUUGGUAGCUGCUAGCGCGCUGAUCUUUCCGCUCACUUGCUACGCACCUACCCUGGCUGGUUAGCUAGCUAGCUAGCUGGAAUACGCUAGGACGACCGUGCCUAGCUGCCACGUAGCUGUACCAAUGUCCCCCUCUCUUCGCUUCAUGGGCUCGGGUCGCGGACCAUGGAAGGACUUUCGGCUUGAUUUCGUCAUAGCUUUCAGUUGUGCCUACAUUUCCUACUGUUGUACAUCAUCUCCCAUCUCAUCUAGCACUGCUAUUCCGGGCAACAUCCAUGCAACUCCUUUACGGGCUAGCGCUGUCUCGUGUACAUAUGGCCAACAUUGCGUAAUCCCAGUCGUCGCGGUCCCUGCUCGCGAUAUGUCUCACCGGGACGGGCGUGAUCGGCACCGCGUCUCCGAAGAACGAUACGAUAGCGGACGCGGCUUUGCCCGCCGAAAGCCUGUAGAACAGCCGGAUGGAAAGCGCAGAGGAUUUCAGGGGAUGCAGGGGAGGCAGCUUGGGCAGCUGCGCGAGGUGCGUCGGGCCGUCUCCGGAACCAAAUACGAGCACUACUUUUGAGGGUGUCUCCUUAAACUCUAAGACUUCCCAGCGCAGCGUGCCUUCCGGAGUUUCGACGCUAUCUUCGCUCCAGCAAGGCACGACUGAGCGGCGGACGACCGUGCCGUCGUCCUCCGUGAUAUCGCACUGUCCUGUGUGCACGAGGACUUGUUUCUCUACCAGCGCGCCUUUGGGUAGCUCGGGGACGACGAGAAAGAGCGUGGGUGCUCGGGCUUCUCCUUCGUAUUGUGAACUAGCGGCACGAACGGGGGGCACAUCUGCUAGUCUGGCAAACCAAUAGAUGAUGCUUUGCAUAUGACCGGACCAACCGCCCCCAGAAUUGUUCUUUAACGCCUCGACGACACGGUGGACAUGCUGGAAUGACAGGGCUGCCUCGAAAGCUAGGGACUGCGGGGAAGGGAGGGAUAGGCUGCUCGGGAUGAGACCAAUUUGACCGGAGAUGGAUACCCGUUCGUCCGCGACUAUUGCUUGGGAGUAUGGACCGAUGUUCGCUGGGGCCCAGUAACUCAGGCCCUGGACAUGGAGCGCCUGUCGUUCUGAAGGAUUGCGCUCGGCAUAUGCGACGCAGUCGAGCCGAACGCGGAUAGGAGGGGGAAGAUCUGCUGCGACGCAUGCGCGAGCUGGGGGACUUGUGCCGAAGUAUGUCGCAUAUACGGCGUUCACGCGUGCGAAGAGGUCCAUCGAGGAGAUGAAGAUAUUGAUGUUGGCACAAUUCGCUAGAUCAAGCGAGUGCAACGCUAGAGAUUCCUUCAGCUUUUCGAAACACUCUUGCACCUCGUCUUCUAUAGAGAUUUCAAGAGAAUGCUCUUCAACCUGACGUUGCACGUUGGUAACAGAGACCCAAUUUCCUAUCCGCUUGGAGGCUACCCUUGCUGUAACAUGAACCACCGACUGCCGUGUUGCUUCUGCCUCGCCGACAGGUGACCCCUUUCGGGAAGCGUUCAAUAUUAUGUCGCGAACACCGACAAAUGGCUCUGACAGUACUGGAGGUACCGGGAGCUGAGUGUCAAUGGGGUAUUCCUUCGUGAUCAGCGAUACCCUCUUAAUGCGAAGGUAUGCGACGGUUGCGAAGUCAUUAUCUGAGUGCACGAUUGUCUCCACUUCGUCUAGGUUGAUGCGGUGCUUGAAUAGAGGCGAAUCCAGGGCCAAAGUCUCGUAUUCACCGCCUUCGCCGCAAAUGUGUGAUCCGUAUAAAGUGUUCAAUUUCACUAACGUGGGUUGCAUUUGAGCCAAAGUCUUCCCGAGAUGUUUAGUCGUCAGGCCAAUCCCAGCUACUUUGAUCAAGAUGGCCUCCAAGCCGGCUUCAAUCAUUUCGGAGAGCAGCUCUUCCUGGUUGCGCUGCCAUAGAUAGCAUAGAGGAGUGAGACCAAGGCGUCGGCAUACGUGCUCGACGCGAACGCGUUGGUAGUUAGAAAGGAUAGCGCCUACGGAGACACCUUGUAUAUCCGGAUGGCGAGUCUAGCAAGCACGAGUUGAAUAGAUCGUGCCAUUGCAGAAAGUGGAACAUUGAAUUGCACUUUGACUGUCAGUAGCAGUUCGUAGAGAUCUUCAGUUUCAUCGCCAUUUAUCCCACCGCUUUGUGCUGGGUCGCGCCCGCCAUACUCUCCGCCCUGCUCUACGGCUGCGCCGGCGAUAACUCGUCUGUACAAGGGAACGUCCAAAGCACGUCCAACAAAUUCUAUGGCGUCUUGUCCAACGGUUUGGUAAAGGUACGAGUCAAGUUCCUCUUUGCCUUGCUCAGGUCCCAGAGACGCAGCCGCAGCAAGCUCGUGACCGUUUCUUGCGCAAUGCAGCAAGUUAUAACAGCUGUCUUUACCUCCGCUUAGCAAUGCUACGUAUCUCAUGAUUGCGUUGGCUGACGAAGAUGGCGGGAGGGAAGAC